AUGAUUCCUGCCCAACUUGCGAGGGUGUUGCUUGUGCUGGUACUCACCUUGCCAGGGACGCUUUGCACAGAAGGGACUCAUGGCAGGCUGUCCACAGCCCGAUGCAGCCUCUUUGGAGAUGACUUCAUCAACACCUUUGAUGAGAGCAUGUUCAGCUUUGCUGGAGACUGCAGUUACCUCCUGGCUGGGGACUGCCAGAAACACUCCUUCUCGAUUCUCGGAGACUUCCAAAACGGCAAGAGAGUGAGCCUCUCCGUGUAUCUCGGGGAAUUUUUUGACAUUCAUGUGUUUGUCAAUGGUACUGUGAUGCAGGGGGAACAAAGUGUCUCCAUGCCCUAUGCAUCUUAUGGGCUGUAUCUGGAAACUGAAGCUGGGUACUACAAGCUGUCCAGUGAGACCUAUGGCUUUGUGGCCAGGAUCGAUGGCAGUGGCAACUUCCAAAUCCUGCUGUCAGACAGAUACUUCGACAAGACUUGUGGGCUGUGUGGCAACUUCAAUAGGUUUGCUGAAGAUGACUUUGUGACCCAAGAAGGGACCUUGACCUCGGACCCCUAUGACUUUGCCAACUCCUGGGCCCUGAGCAGUCAACAGCGGUGUAAGCGGGCAUCCCCUCCCAGCAGCCCCUGCAACAUCUCCUCCGGGGAAAUGCAGAAGGACCUGUGGGAGCAGUGCCAGCUUCUGAAGAGUGCCUCGGUGUUCGCCCGCUGCCACCCCUCUGUGGAUCCGGAGCCUUUCGUGGCCCUGUGUGAGAGCACUCUGUGCAGGUGCGCGCAGGGCCGAGACUGCCCCUGCUCUACCCUCCUGGAGUACGCCCGUGCCUGCGCGCACCAGGGCGUCAAACUGGACGGCUGGACUCACCAUAGCACUUGCCGACCAGCAUGCCCUGCUGGCAUGGAGUAUAAGGAGUGUGUGUCCCCUUGCACCAGAACUUGCCAGAGCCUGCACAUCAAUGAAGUGUGUCAGGAGCAAUGCGUGGACGGCUGCAGCUGCCCUGAGGGGCAGCUACUUGAUGAAGGUCACUGUGUGGAGCGCGCUGAUUGUUCCUGUGUGCAUUCUGGGAAGUGGUACCCUCCAGGAUCCUCCCUCUCGCAAGACUGCAACACCUGCAUUUGCCGAAAUAGCCUGUGGAUCUGCAGCAAUGAAGAAUGCCCAGGUGAGUGUCUGGUCACAGGACAAUCUCACUUCAAGAGCUUUGACAACAGGUACUUCACCUUCAGUGGGGUCUGCCAGUACCUGCUGGCCCGGGACUGCGAGGACCACUCCUUUUCCAUUGUCAUAGAAACCGUCCAGUGUGCCGAUGACCCUGACGCUGUCUGCACCCGCUCAGUCACUGUCCGGCUGCCCCUCUUGCACAACAGCCUCGUGAAGCUGAAGCAUGGGGGAGGUGUCACCAUAACUGGCCAGGACGUCCAGCUCCCCUUCCUGCAAGGUGACCUCCGCAUCCAGCCCACUGUGAUGGCCUCUGUACGCCUCAGCUACAGGGAGGACCUGCAGAUGGACUGGGAUGGCCGCGGGAGGCUGUUGGUGAAGUUGUCCCCUGUUUACGCUGGGAAGACCUGUGGCCUGUGCGGGAAUUACAAUGGCAACAAGGGGGACGACUUCCUCACUCCUUCAGGCCUGGAGGAGCCCCUGGUGGAGGACUUCGGGAACUCCUGGAAGCUGCACGGGGACUGCCAAGACCUGCAGAAGCAGGACAGCGACCCCUGUAACCUCAACCCGCGCCUAACCAAGUUUGCAGAAGAGGCCUGUGCUGUUCUGACGUCCUCCAAGUUCGAGGCCUGUCACCACGCUGUUAGCCUCCAGCCGUACCUGCAAAAUUGCCACUAUGACGUCUGCUCCUGCUCGGAUGGCAGAGACUGCCUCUGCAACGCUGUGGCCAGCUACGCCUCCGCCUGUGCCCAGAAAGGCGUGAGCAUCGCAUGGCGGGAGCCCAGCUUCUGUGCGCUGAGCUGCCCCCAGGGCCAGGUGUACCUGCAGUGUGGGAUCCCCUGCAACCUGACCUGCCGCUCCCUCUCUUACCCGGAUGAAGAAUGCAAUGAGGUCUGCAUUGAGGGCUGCUUCUGCCCCCCAGGACUCUACCUGGAUGACAGGGGGGACUGUGUGCCCAAGGCCCAGUGCCCCUGCUACUAUGAUGGCGAGAUCUUCCAGCCCGAAGAUGUCUUCUCAGACCAUCACACCAUGUGCUAUUGUGAAGACGGCUUCAUGCACUGUACCAUGAGUGGAAUGCCGGGAAGCCUCUUGCCAGACGUUGUCCUCAGCAGUCCCCUGUCUCACCGCAGCAAAAGGAGCCUAUCCUGCCGGCCCCCCAUGGUCAAGUUGGUGUGUCCCGCUGACAACCCACGGGCUGAAGGGCUUGAGUGUGCCAAAACCUGCCAGAACUAUGACCUGGAGUGCAUGAGCACAGGCUGCGUCUCCGGCUGCCUCUGCCCCCACGGCAUGGUCCGACAUGAAAACAGAUGUGUGGCCCUAGAAAGAUGUCCCUGCUUCCAUCAGGGCAAAGAAUACGCUCCAGGAGAGAUGGUGAAGAUUGACUGCAACACUUGUGUCUGUCAGGACCGGAAGUGGAACUGCACGGACAACGUGUGUGAUGCCACAUGCUCCAUGGUGGGGAUGGCACACUAUCUCACCUUCGACGGGCUCAAGUACAUGUUCCCCGGGGAGUGCCAGUACGUCCUGCUGCAGGAUUACUGUGGCGGCAACCCUGGGACCUUUCGCAUCCUGGUGGGGAAUGAGGGGUGCAGCUACCCCUCAGUGAAGUGCAAAAAGCGGGUCACUAUCCUGCUUGAUGGAGGAGAGAUUGAACUGUUUGAUGGGGAGGUGAAUGUGAAGAGGUCCAUGAAGGAUGAGACUCACUUUGAGGUGGUGGAGUCUGGCCGAUAUGUCAUUCUGCUGCUGGGCAAAGCACUCUCUGUGGUCUGGGACCAUCACCUGUUUGUCUCAGUGAUCCUGAAGCAGACAUACCGGGAACAAGUAUGUGGCCUGUGUGGGAAUUUUGAUGGCAUCCAGAACAAUGACUUCACCAGCAGCAACCUCCAAGUGGAAGAAGACCCUGUGGACUUUGGGAAUUCCUGGAAAGUGAACCCACAGUGUGCUGAUACCAAGAAAGUGCCGCUGGACUCCUCCCCUGCCUCUUGCCACAAUAACAUCAUGAAGCAGACGAUGGUGGAUUCUUCCUGCGGGAUCCUGACCAGUGACCUUUUCCAGGACUGCAACAAGCUGGUGGACCCUGAGCCAUACCUGGAUGCCUGCAUUUACGAUACCUGCUCCUGUGAGUCCAUUGGGGACUGCGCCUGCUUCUGUGACACCAUUGCUGCCUAUGCCCACGUGUGUGCCCAGCAUGGCAAGGUGGUGACCUGGAGGACGGCCACACUGUGCCCCCAAAGCUGCGAGGAGAGGAAUCUGCGGGAAAAUGGGUAUGAGUGCGAGUGGCGCUAUAACAGCUGUGCUCCCGCCUGUCCCAUCACUUGCCAGCACCCUGAGCCACUGGCAUGUCCCGUGCAGUGUGUGGAGGGCUGCUAUGCAUACUGCCCUCCAGGGAAGAUCCUGGAUGAGCUUUUGCAGACCUGCAUCGACCUUGAAGACUGCCCCCUGUGUGAGGUGGCCGGCCGGCGCUUACCCCAGGGAGAGAAAGUCACCUUGAACCCCAGCGACCUGAAGCACUGCCAGAUCUGUCACUGUGAUGGUGUUAACUUGACCUGUGAAGCCUGCCAGGAGCCAGGAGGCCUUGCGCUGCCCCCAACAGUAGCCCCAGUCAGUGCCACCACGCCAUAUGUGGAGGACAUCCCAGAGCUGCCCCUGCACGACCUCUACUGUAGCAAGCUGCUGGACCUGGCUUUCCUGCUGGACGGCUCCUCCAAGCUGUCAGAGGCUGAGUUUGACGUGCUAAAGGUCUUUGUGGUGGACAUGAUGGAGCGGCUGCACAUCUCCCAGAAGCGGAUCCGUGUGGCCGUGGUGGAGUACCAUGACGGCUCCCACUCCUACAUUGACCUCAGGGACCGGAAGCGGCCCUCAGAGCUUCGACGCAUUGCUGGUCAGGUGAAGUAUGUGGGCAGCCAGGUGGCCUCCACCAGUGAGGUCUUGAAGUACACCCUGUUCCAAAUCUUUGGCAAGGCUGACCGCCCCGAAGCCUCCCGCAUUGCCCUGCUCCUGACAGCUAGCCAGGAGCCCCCACGGAUGGCCCGGAACUUGGUCCGCUAUGUGCAGGGCCUGAAGAAGAAGAAGGUCAUUGUGAUCCCGGUGGGCAUUGGGCCCCAUGCCAACAUCAAGCAAAUCCGUCUUAUUGAGAAGCAGUCCCCUGAGAACAAGGCCUUUGUGCUUAGCAGUGUGGACGAGCUAGAGCAGAGAAGGGACGAGAUUGUCAACUUCCUCUGUGACCUGGCCCCUGAAGUGCCAGCCCCAACUGAGCCUCCCAGCGUGGCACAAGUCACAGUGGGUCCUGGCUUCUUGGGGGUUUCUUCUUUGGGGCCCACCAGGAGCUCCAUGGUCCUGGAUGUGGUGUUUCUCGUGGAGGGGUCAGACAAGGUUGGCGAAGCCAGCUUCAACCGGAGCAAGGAGUUCAUGGAGGAGGUGAUCCAGCGGAUGGACGUGGGCCAGGACAGCAUCCACAUCACCGUGCUGCAGUACUCGUACAUGGUCAUGGUGGAGUACACCUUCGGUGAGACACAGUCCAAGGGAGACGUUCUGCAGCAUGUGCGAGAGAUCCGCUACCAGGGUGGCAACAGGACCAACACUGGGCUGGCCCUACAGUACGUCUCUGAGCACAGCUUCUCUACGAGCCAGGGGGACCGUGAGCAGGCGCCUAACCUGGUCUACAUGAUCACAGGAAACCCUGCCUCUGAUGAGAUCAAGCGGCUGCCUGGAGACAUUCAAGUGGUGCCCAUUGGAGUGGGCCCGCAUGUGAACAAGCAGGAGCUGGAGAGGAUCAGCUGGCCCAAUGCCCCCAUUCUCAUCCAGGACUUUGAGACCCUCCCUCGAGAGGCUCCAGACCUGGUGCUACAGAGGUGCUGCUCUGGGAAGGGGCUGAGGAUCCCCACCCUCUCCCCAGCCCCAGACUGCAGUCAGCCCCUGGAUGUGGUUCUUCUCCUGGACGGCUCCUCCAGCUUUCCAGUUUCUUACUUUGAGGAAAUGAAAAGCUUCACCAAGGCUUUCAUCUCCAAAGCCAAUAUAGGGCCCCAUGGCACUCAGGUGUCGGUGCUCCAGUACGGGAACAUCACCACCAUCGAUGUACCAUGGAAUGUGGCCCAGGAGCACGCCCACUUAAUGAGCCUUGUGGACCUCAUGCAGCGAAAGAGUGGACCCAGCCAAACUGGGGAUGCUUUGGGCUUUGCUGUGCGAUAUAUAACUUCAGAAGUCCAUGGUGCCAGGCCUGGAGCCGCCAAGGUGGUGGUCAUCCUAGUGAUGGACGUCUCCGUGGAUUCAGUGGAUGCAGCAGCUGAUGCUGCCAGGUCCAACCGAGUGGCAGUGUUCCCUAUUGGAAUUGGGGAUAGGUAUGAUGUGUCCCAGCUGAGGAUCUUGGCUGGCCCAGAUGCAAGCUCCAACGUGGUGGAGCUCCAGCGGAUUGAAGACCUCCCCACCAUGGUCACCCUGGACAAUUCUUUCUUCCACAAGCUGUGCUCUGGGUUCGUUAGAGUUUGCGUGGAUGAGGAUGGGAAUGAGAAAAGGCCUGGGGACAGCUGGACCUUGCCAGAUCAGUGCCACACGGUGACCUGCCUGCCAGAUGGCCAGACCUUGCUGAAGAGUCAUCGGGUCAACUGUGACCGGGGACCAAAGCCUUCAUGCACCAACAGCCAGUCCCCUGUUAGGGUGGAAGAGACCUGUGGUUGCCACUGGACCUGCCCCUGUGUGUGCACGGGCAGCUCUACCCGGCACAUCGUGACCUUUGAUGGAGAGAAUUUCAAGCUGACUGGCAGCUGUUCCUAUGUCCUAUUUCAAAACAAGGAACAGGAUGUGGAGGUGAUUCUACAUAAUGGUGCCUGCAGCCCACAGCAGACGUGCAUGAAAUCCAUUGAGGUGAAGCAUGAUGGCCUCUCAAUUGAGCUCUACAGUGACAUGGAGGUGACUGUUAAUGGGAGACUGGUGUCUGUCCCUUACACGGGUGGGAACAUGGAAGUCAGUGUUUAUGGUACCAUCAUGCACGAGAUCAGAUUCAACCAUCUUGGCCACAUCUUCACAUUCACUCCACAAAACAAUGAGUUCCAGUUGCAGCUUAGCCCCAAGACCUUUUCUUCAAAGAUGUAUGGUCUCUGUGGAAUCUGUGAUGAGAAUGGGGCCAAUGACUUCAUGCUGAGGGAUGGCACAGUCACCACAGACCAGAGGACAUUCAUCCAGGAGUGGACCAUGCAGCAGCCGGGGCAGAUAUGCCAGCCCAUUCCUGAGGAGCACUGCCCUGUCUCCAGCAGCUCCCACUGCCAGGUCCUCCUCUCAGCCCUGUUUGCUGAGUGCCACGAAGUCCUUGCUGCAGACACAUUUUAUGCCAUCUGCCAGCAGGACAGUUGCCACCGGGAGCAAGUGUGUGAGGUGAUUGCCUCGUAUGCCCACCUCUGUCGGACCAAUGGGGUCUGUGUUGACUGGAGGACAACUGAUUUCUGUGGUAUGUCAUGUCCACCCUCGCUGGUGUACAACCACUGUGCGCACGGCUGCUCCCAGCACUGUGAGGGCAAUACGAGCUCCUGUGGGGACCAUCCCUCAGAAGGCUGUUUCUGCCCCCCACACCAAGUCCUGCUGGAAGGCAACUGUGUCCCCGAGGAGGCGUGCACCCAGUGCAUCAGUGAGGAUGGAGUCCGGCACCAGUUUCUGGAAACCUGGGUCCCAGACCACCAACCCUGUCAGAUCUGCAUGUGCCUCAGUGAGCAGAAGGUCAACUGCACCUCGCAGCCCUGCCCCACAGCCAGAGUGCCCACAUGUGGCCCAUGUGAAGUGGCCCGCCUCCACCAGAAUCCAAACCAGUGCUGCCCAGAGUAUGAGUGUGUGUGUGACCUGGUGAGCUGUGACUUGACUCCAGUGCCUCACUGUGAAGGUGGCCUCCAGCCAACCCUGACCAAUCCUGGCGAGUGCAGACCCAACUUCAUCUGUGCUUGCAGGAAGGAGGAGUGCAGAAGGGAGUCCCCGCCCUCGUGUCCCCCACACCGAACGCUGACCCUUCGGAAGACCCAGUGCUGUGAUGAGUAUGAAUGUGCUUGCAACUGUGUCAACUCUACGGUGAGCUGCCCCCUGGGGUACCUGGCCUCAGUCAUCAUCAACGACUGUGGCUGCACCACAACCACCUGCCUCCCUGACAAGGUGUGUGUCCACCGAGGCACCAUCUACCCUGUGGGCCAGUUCUGGGAGGAGGGCUGUGACGUGUGCACCUGCACCGACAUGGAGGAUGCUGUGAUGGGCCUGCGUGUGGCCCAGUGCUCCCAGAAGCCCUGUGAAGACAGCUGUACGUUGGGCUCCACUUAUGUCCUCCAUGAAGGCGAGUGCUGUGGAAGGUGCCUGCCGUCUGCCUGUGAAGUGGCGAUUGGCUCACCGCGGGGGGACUCCCAGACUUCCUGGAAGAGUGUUGGCUCUCACUGGGCCUCCCCUGAGAAUCCCUGUCUCCUCAACGAGUGUGUGCGAGUGAAGGAGGAGGUCUUUGUGCAACAGAGGAACGUCUCCUGUCCUCAGCUGGACAUCCCCACCUGCCCCAUGGGCUUCCAGUUAAGCUGCAAGACCUCCGGGUGUUGCCCCACCUGUCGCUGCGAGCCCGUGGAGGCCUGUGUGCUCAAUGGCACCAUCAUUGGGCCCGGGAAGAGUCUGAUGAUCGAUGAGUGCACAACUUGCCACUGCACCGUCCAGGUGGGGGUCGUCUCGGGGUUCAAGCUGGAGUGCAGGAAGAUCACCUGCAAGGCCUGCCCACUGGGUUACAAGGAAGAGAAGAUCCAAGGCGAAUGCUGCGGGAGAUGUCUGGCUAUGGCUUGCACCAUUCAGCUAAGAGGAGGACAAAUCAUCACUCUGCAGCGUGAUGAGACAAUCCAGGAUGGCUGUGAUAGUCACUUCUGCAAGGUCAAUGAGAGAGGAGAGUACAUCUGGGAGAAGAGGGUCACUGGCUGCCUACCCUUUGAUGAGCACAAAUGUUUGGCUGAGGGAGGGAAAAUCAUGAAAAUUCCAGGCACCUGCUGUGACACAUGUGGGGAGCCUGAAUGCAAAGAUAUCACUGCCAGGUUGCAGUAUGUCAAAGUGGGAGACUGUAAGUCCGAAGAGGAGGUGGACAUUCAUUACUGCCAGGGUAAGUGCACCAGCAAAGCUAUGUACUCCAUCGACACCGAGGAUAUGCAGGACCAGUGCUCCUGCUGCUCGCCGACGCGGAUAGAGCCCAUGCGGGUGCCCCUGCACUGCAUUAAUGGCUCCGUGGUGUACCACGAGGUCCUCAACGCCAAGCAGUGCAAGUGCUCUCCCAGGAAAUGCACCAAGUGAGGCCGGGCAGCUGCCAUCGCUUUGACCGGACCAGCCAGUGGCCAGCGUGCUGCUCAGUCCUCUGCAUGUGCUGUUCUUGUGCCCUGCUGGGCACACAAUAAAGGCUAAUCUCUCAUCUCGCAAAAGACUGAUGGUUCAUUGAGUCUUACAGGCCGAGAUGGCAACUGUAGGCUGGGG